UAGAUGCUACAAUUCAUGACUACUUCCAUACAGUACGUCAUUAAAUAUAUCCAUAAAGUAGAGUAACUAGUCUGAAUUUUUAAGUAGGCAACGUUUUGGGGAAACUUCAUAAAAUCAGUAAAGCUUGUCCAGGUAGUUUGUGACACUCUAGGCCAGUGAACUACUGAAGUAGGGCAGCUUUUGUGGAAAGGGGUUUGGUGAAGAAGAGUUUUGACUAUUUAUGGAUUAGAGUGUCUAAUUUACUGUUGAUAUCCAGUAAACACCAAAACUACCGCUUGUAUGUACGCGGCUCUAGCCAAAUGCAAUGAAUGCAGUUUGCGUCAUUGAGCAUGUGUUUUAUCACGGGGAGGCCUCUUUUGAUGCGUGAGAACCUGACGUCAAGACACUACAGCUGAGUACUAUUGAGCCAAAAAUAACCACACUACGCCACAGCCAUGCUGGACUGCUAUACAUAGAUGAAGGAUUGGGAUUGCUUGUAAUCAAUUUAUGUAAAAAGGAAGGAAUUCCUUGAGCUCAUACUGGCAUAGAAUGGAAUUGUAACCUACGUACAAGAGGUAGUACUGCUGGAGUAUAUGAUAGGAUAAUGUGGACAUCGGCUAUGGAUAUUACAAUCUGACUUCCUAGUGGCUAGCUAGCAGGACUUGGCUGUUCAAUAACUUCUGGGUUGCUGACUCGACAACUUGACGAAGCGUUUUGGAAAAAGCUGUCUGCUCUGAUUGCAAUUCAAACAACUCCAAACAAAUCCUACUUUCGUUUUUGGAGUUCUAACUAACAACAUAAUAACUGUAUUAAGGUGAUCAAGAUGGAUAUGGAAUCGAGUGUUAAAUGUGAGCCCGGGAGCCCCCUCGGCCUGAGUAGGUGCACACAGCCAUCCCUCGAUGAGAGUUUUGGUAGAGAUGUAUUUGCAGACUACAACGUAGACGAUUAUGGAUCUGAUGGAAACAGUGGGGACAACAGUGGAGACAUAUCUCCAUGCAGUAUAGACAAUGGUAAAAUGGAUUUCAUAUCCAGUUCUUUCUCUUCAGACCCCGAAAGUAUGGAUGGACCUAAACGUAUAUGUUUAGUAUGUGGAGAUAUAGCAUCAGGAUAUCAUUACGGCGUUUCUUCUUGUGAGGCAUGCAAAGCUUUUUUCAAACGAACAAUUCAAGGUAACAUAGAAUAUUCUUGCCCAGCAAAUGGAGACUGUGAGAUUACAAAGAGAAGGAGGAAGGCAUGUCAGGCGUGUCGUUUCCAGAAAUGUUUACGAGUGGGCAUGCUCAGGGAGGGUGUGCGUCUUGACCGAGUACGUGGUGGGAGACAGAAGUACAAGAGAAGUCUGGACAGUCUCAGUCAGCCACUCAUACAGCCUAUACUGCCCAUGGUGAAAAAGGCAUGCUACGAAUUCCAACAUGAAAACAAGAUUUUGACCCAGUUGCUGAACAUUGAAUCACAGUUAGACAAACUAUAUGCCAACCCAGAACCAGAACUUGUCAAUGAUGAGAUGCGAUUUAUAGCAGCAUUUUCUGACCUAGCCGACCGAGAAUUGGUCAUUACUAUAAGCUGGGCCAAACAGGUGCCAGGCUUCUGCAAUUUGUCGCUGAGUGACCAGAUGAACCUGCUACAGCACUCUUGGCUGGAGAUACUCUGUCUGAAUCUCGUGUUUAGAUCCUGCCCCUACAUUGGAUACAUUCGCUUUGCCGAAGAUUUACAGAUGACAGCGGACGAGUGUAAAAAAUGCCAGUGUAGUCCAGAACUUGAUAACCUCACCCGCAAACUCGCCAAAAAAUUUACAAAUAUGGGAGUAACAAAGGAAGAGUAUCUUCUCCUCAAAGCCAUGACAUUGUGUAAUAUAGAUGUCGUGAUAGAGAACAGUGAAGCUGUACGCAACCUUCAGGAUAAACUCCAGGACGCUCUAAUUGACUACGUGAAGUCUCGGUACGCUGGGAAUCUGCGCCGCCUCGGCCAUCUCUACCUUCUCCUGCCCCCACUAACACACAUCAAACUGCUCGCCAAACAGUACUGGUUUGACGUGAAAAAGGAUGGACGUGUCAUGAUGCACAAGCUUUUCUUAGAAAUGUUGGAGGCAGAUUCUUGAUAAAUCAUCAUGAGUUUAGGAGAAAGAAAGAUUUUGUCUGCGUGUGAUAUUUUUAUUAUGUGCUUGUGUGGACCUAGAUCAGCACUAACUGCGGGAGCUGUCCGCGGUGGAAUGGGUCACAGGCCCUGAUGUCCGCAGCAGACUUACUACAGUUCCUCGUGUCUUAGGAUGGUAGACUUUAAUGUGUUAGAGAUGUAGAUAGGUUUAUGCAAAAUUAAGAUCAACAGUUUUUGCAAAUGGUGUAGAUGAUUAGAAAAAGUAUGUCUGCAUUUACAUUAAAAAUUGUCAUUCUCGACUGCAAAAUUUCACUAAAAAUAUUGAAGCAAAAUAACUUUUGCUGAGAGCUUUGGAUGGACAUACAGAAACAUGAGUCCAAAUUAGAAAGCAGGAAAGUGACAUUGAGUCUAGUUUGAAUGUAUGCAGCCCAAUUUUUUGUAGUUGUCUCAUUUGUGAAACUGUGAUUGGCGUAUGUUGACGACCACUGCAGACAUGAGGUUGAUGUGUCAACAUGUUCACAGUGUACUUCGUGGACUUAGGAAAAUAGUAUAUGUGUGACUUGUAUGUGUGAAUACAAAUAUAUAUAUAUAUAGAGAGAGAGAAAAAAUGAUAUAUAAUGGGACAAAUUUACAACUAGAAAGUACUCAAUGGUUAAUGUUUCCAGCUUAUUAUACACAGGAAGGAGCUCCUAGAUACCUAGUAAGAAUAUAUACGUCCUAGCUUAUACAGGGCAAUGUAUUCCUAUAGAAACGCUGUUCUACCAUCUCCCAGGCCCGCAGACUCGCCGAGCAGAUCAGGAAACCGUGUGGGCUGACUGGUGGAUUGCUAUCGUCCACUUGCAGCGCUAGUACAAAGGACCAAUCAAUUACUGCAUUGUAUCAGGAUUGCUAAUGUCCACUCACAGCGCUAGUACAAAGGACCAAUCAAGCACUGCAUUGUAUCAUAAGAAUGUCUUCCACGUUAACUUAUUUACAAGCAAUUUGAUUGGUUAACACUACAUUUGCAUUUAUUUGAUGUAUUGUGAAAGAACAAUAUGUUCACCGUCUUUAAGAUGCAAAUACACUGUAUGUAUUUUGAAAGUCAUCAUAUAAGGAUCAAAGAUAUAGAUAAAUUGUCCACAUCAUUUCAAAAGACUUUGUAUAUAUAUGCUCAUAAAAGUACAUCCUCCUUGUUACCCUUCGUAUAACUAUCAUGUGUGAUCCAAGGUUUUAUUGGUAUACAUUUUAUGUUUGUCAAAGUACCAUGAAAUUCUAAGAUUCUGAAAUCUGGGGUUGGAGUUCAAAAAUUAUGAAAGUAUAAAGAUUACUUGUUUUAAUAUCAUACUGCAAGUAUCAUUAUGAUCAAAUUGCAUAAAAAAUACUGCAUCCGCAUUACGAUUCAGGAAAUAUAUCUUGAUGAAAGUUUGUAAAAUCAUAUGAGUGCAUCAUAACCCAAGGACAUAUAAUUUCCAUAUUGAAAAAGUGAUGCAAACUAAUAACUCUUACAUGAGUUGAUUGUGGUGACUUUUGGUUGGUUGAGAUCUAUAGAUGUAUGUUAAGUAGACGUAGGAGACGUAUCGGAUUACGGUGACCGUGAUAAACAGCUAGCUAAUGAUGACAUCAUUGUAGCUUGUCAAGUACGAGACGUGGUGAUAGUAGAUGCGAUGUUAAACUAAUAACACACUGUGAUAAAUAAUUCAGUUAGUAGCUAGCCUUACAUGUCUGUUUAAAGUCUUACUCUAUAUUUCAGAUUUGUUUUUUAUUUACACAGUCAGGUCAUUUAGAGAAUACACAUAUUAUAUAUUAUACUAUUACCCAGGAAAAACACUUAAGAUAGUUGGUCGUGUUAUAUCAUUGGUGUGGUGCAUGUCACCCAAGGUUUUAUACUGUACUCUUCAUAUCAUUGUUGUUUUAGCCUGUAUUGUGUACUCAGAUCUCAUUCGGUAACAUGUUUUGAAUGGCAGCAUCAGGAGAGGUGGGCGGAGCCUUGAGUAUGUGAGCGUACUGAUAUGAAUGUCAUUCCAUUUAUAAUUUCAAUAUCAUGCCUAUAGGAUGCAUUUCCAUUGAUCAACAAUAUAGCCCACAUUUCAACACCCAGGAAUAAGUGAAUGGAACGAAAAUGAAUCUAUAAGAAAUCAUUUAAAACAAAACAAAAAAAAAUAAGAAAAAAUUCUGAAAAUGAAAAAAAAAAAAAAAAAGAAAAAAGAUGAAUGAGGAAAUGUUUCAAUAAUUAAUGAUAUGGUCAAUUUUGAACAUCAAUUGGGAGAAAUUCUAAGGAUAAAUGGUAUAAAUUAAGUGUGUUUGAUCUGGUCAACAGACCUAGUUCUGUAAAAUAGAAAGGUGAGGUACUUUGCUCAAAUAUCUGUGUUUAAUGCCAAAUAUACACAAAUAUGCAUAUAUAUUGUUAAUGUAUGUAUAGAGAAACAUCUAAUGCAUGUUUUCAAGUAGUUUGUAGAAGACUGCAUGUUCUUCCUACUUAAUGUACAUUGAUACACUUACGAUGCCGUCCGAGCUAUGACACAUGUGGAUUCGUUCACUUACCUUGUUUUACAUGUAAAGUUCAGAUGUACAUUAAGAAUGAAGUCUUUGGUAAAAGACAUAACUUCUCUUCUAGUCAAUAUAUGGAUGGAAUUCUUCCUGGAAAUGUGAUUCCUCCGAUGUACACAACCACUUGUUUUUCUAUGUUUCUCGCUACAGGAUCUUGCAUGUAGGGCAUCUCAGAUAAUCUAUACUUUUUUACAUUCUUCAUGCUAUAAUUAGUGCUGGAUAGCACAGAAUAUCAAGUCCUUUUUCACAUCUACCAAAUAAACUAUCAUAAAUGUUAGACAGUUCAGAUCCGUAAUGUCCUUUUCACAUCUAUAAAGUUAUAUUAAAUGAUGGACAAGGGGAGACGAUCAAUGUCCUUUUUCACAUCAGUAAUGUUAAACAAGGGAGACUAUCAAUGUCCUUUGUCAGAUCUGUUAAGUAAUAUAGUAAGUGUUGGACAAGGGAGACUAUCAAUGUCCUUUGUCAGAUCUGUUAAGUAAUAAAGUAAGUGUUGGACAAGGGAUUUUAUCAAUGUCCUUUGUCAGAUAUGUUGUUGUAGUGUAGAACAAACCAGAAGUUAAUAAAAUAUGGAGCCCAGUAAAAUUAUUCUGUAAAUAAGUAGGAUUAGAUAUGUAUGUAAAUACCAAUGGAGAACCUAGACUUAGCUACAGUUAAAUAUAAGAAUGUGUGAUGUUGAUGCAGAGGUAGAUUUACAGUGUAUGAGUGUGUUGACGAGUAAUUAGUGUGUGGUAUAAGUGACACGGUGGAAUGAAUGUCACUCUCCCCCUACAUAUGCAGUCUUGUACAUAAUAAGCUCCGCCCACCUUUGCAUGUCCAUUGCUCAUCCAGGCCCUGUACGUAUUCCUCCCUGUCUGUGAGAUGGCCAUUAUCAUUCCUUGUGUAGCAUGUACAUAUUGGUUGACCUGUGUGCAGGUAGGUGCCACCACCCUAUUAUUGAUGAAGAUGAGUUAGUCGGGUAUUGUAGUUGUCUUUCACCAUUUACAGGUAUCAACUCAUUCAUCAUUUGUUUUGUGCAACUUUUUUCUGAACAGAUUCUGCACAGCUAUCUAUUAGAUAAAUACGAUAUUACCAUGUCUUAUUACACUAGUCAGAAUGAUAAACUGCAUUUAAAUCUGUCCGUUCUACAACUAUCCUGAAUGUUGACAAAGAAGAUGACAUUGUCCUUGUUGAAUGAAGAAGGACUUGACUCUAUUUUGCUUGCCCCAUCAAAUGGUUUAUAGGAUAGAUGUUUUUAUAGAAUUCCAUCGAAUAUGGUCAGUAAUACAAUUUUAUAUUUGAGAUUAUCUAUUAAAAAUGUGUUUGUAAUUCAUUUUAAAUAUGGCUAAAAGCUGUUUGUGUCAAAUGUUCCAUCUUAUCUUCAGAAAAACAUCUAAUAUAGAUAAAAUGUGUGUCAAAUGCAUUUUAGUUACAUUAUUCCAGUACAUUCUAUUGUGAUAUUCAAACAAAUUUAAUGUAACAGGAACACAGUCUGGUUCGAGUUAAAACAGAAAAAUGAUUUUUGCAGUUACAUGUGCAAAUCUGUUCAAAAACCCUUGUACAUUAUUUUUACUUGUUAACUAUGUUGAAGUGUGUUAUUUUUAGACAGAAAAACAAAAAAGUUAUAAAAAAAAUAUUAGAAAAAAAAGAAUUGUUAUUGAGUAUUUGUUAUGAAAUUGAUGUGAAUGUAAUCACAUUUAGGUACAAAUUUGUAUAUAUAGAGUUUGUGUUAUAUAAAUAUAUCUAUACAAUCGUAUGUUCUGUAACCUAGAAACAUGUGACUAAUCACACUUUAUUGCUUUCAGUUAAGGAGUUACCCCUCAUGUGAUUAAAUCAAGAGACUUGUUACUAAAUCCUUCACUCCAUAUUUGGACAGGAAGGUUUUAAAUUGUUCCAUUUGAUCGCUAAGAAGAGUGGAUCAAUUAAACCCAUACAAAGAGUGCUAAACUAAAUAUUGUAGAGUUCUGGUUUUGUUUUAUGUAUUUCCUCAGUGUGCGUUGAAGUUUUUCUCCUUAGUUUUCUAUCUUAACCCUUUCACCCCUAUGUAACUUAAGUAGACUCUACCAUGCAUUGAUCUGGAUGAGUCCAAUAUGGUCUACAGUGGUGAAAGGGUUUACUUAUUAAGUUUGUGAACCUUUUUUUUUUAGCAAAAUUAGCAAAAGGUAGUUGAUUUUUCUGUCAUAUAGAAUUAUCAACAUAAUCAUUUAAGUUUUAAAUUUCAAUUAUCAGGUAUUUCAAAAUGCUUAAAUACAGUAUUGCACUACACUAUUGAUAUAUAUUAAGUGUAUAUAUGUGAAAGAUAAUUUAUCACCCCAAGAACUGUUCGAGAGCUGGAAAUUAGUUUUAAGUUGAAAACAAAGUAAUUUCAAAUGAUAAAAAAAAUAUUAUGCAAGGAUAAUGGGGGCAACAUGAUGCCGGGUGUUAGAUAUGUGUUUAACUUAACACAAGAGGGCAACACCAGGCAAUGCUGCAGGAGUUCGUUAUAUUCUUUAUUGUUGAACACCAAUUAAAUCUGAAGCAGGUUUGUUAAGUUUGUUAGUGUGCGGCUGUACUGGAUUGUACAACUUCCGAAAUAAAUUUAUCUGUAUGCAAUAUUUUUGAGGCAUUUUCUUUAUUUAAUUGAAGAUUGUUGUUAGAUUUAUUUUUUGUCUAAUUUUUUAAUCAUGAAGAUCUAAAAACGCUUGAAAAGAUAAUUUCAUUUGUGAUUAACAAGAUUUUGUUCUUUUUUGGUCAAACAAUCAUAUGGUACAACUAAUUAAUAUUUAUCAUAGAGAAAUGCGAGUUAUAUUUUACACUGAUGUGUCAUAUAGUUACCUGGCUAACGAUGGUAAUUUGUAAUCGGUUUUCAUCAUGUUCUAUCUUGGCUAGUUGCAGUGCUAUAGUAAUUGUCUCCGUUAAUUUAUUGUAAGUUGUAUUAUUUUAUCAAAUUCAUUUUUAUUCACAGAACGAUAAUUUAUACACUAGUAAUUUUUAGCUCAAUAUUGUUUCCAUACAGCCAUCCUGUGGAUUACCAAACAUACUGGGUAAAUACAACAAGUCAUAGUCUAUCCUGCUUAUCAUGAUUUUUACUAAUAUAUUUUGAGAGUAUGAUAUUUUGUUCUCUAAUAGUUCUUUUGACAACAAGUUUCAUUGGUGAUGCAUUUAGUGUAGAGACUAUGUUUUGACAACAUUCCUUAUAGUUGCCAGUGUAUAACCUAGUAUAUGUGUAAUUCCCUUGGAGUCGGAUGUCUUGCCAAGUCACCAACAUUUGUAGAAAGCUCUGUUGUACUGCCAGAUAAAGUCAUAUCACACUUAUUAAGUAUAUUGCAUAUCACUCAGCUAUCUCCCUUAGGCAGCCCAAGGCAUUAUUAUCUCAUUCACCCCUGAAGACGCGUUUGAACUCCUCCAACUCAACGGUUGGAAAAGUUUAUUUUGAAGUUUCAGGGUUGAAUGAGUAAUUACAUCCAAAAUUGACCAACAAGUAUUAACAGGUGAUUUUAUAGUGCUAACUGCCAUUUGUAACACUAUGAUCAACACACUGCUUCCGUGGCUCUACCAACAGAUUGCUGAAAAAAAAUCAUCUUCAUCUAUUCAAAAAAUUUAACCUCUUUUACUUGGAACAGUAAAAAUGUAUGAAGUCAUGUAUAUAAUAAAGUGAUGUUUUUGUCCCUUUACAGGAUUGUCUUAGGAACAUAACAAGUCUAUAACAAGUUAUGUAUUUUAUCAAGUUAAUUUUCGGUUCUCCGAAGUUAAAAACAUGCUUUACAGUAAAGAUCCAUAUAAUGAAUUUGGUAUUUAAUUAAAGAAUCCCUUUCUUCAUAAAUAAUUAGAUUUUGACAUUUUCUAGUAGAAUUUAUCAAUGAUAUUGAAGAAAUAGCAAUGCUAUAUUAGCUGAACCAGAUUGGGGAAUUGUGUUCUAUCUAGUGACUUUAAAUGUUUUUGUUAAUGUAAUUGAAUGUAGAUGUUAGAUCAUUUGGUGAGCUAUAGAAGAGUUAUCAGUAUUAUAACAGUAGUAUGGGAGAAAGGUCAUCAGUGUGAUAAAUACAUAUUGGGAUUUCCUGAUGCCAGUCUUGCUAAAUCAUAAUUGAAUCUGGCAGUAGAUGGUACCAUACUGAGGGUAUUUAUUUAUCUUCAACUAAAAUCAUGGCACUAAAUUCUGUUGGUAUUUUUAACACCAAAGUUUUAUACAUUGUCAUUCAUUCAUCAGCAAGCGAAUAAUUUGUAGUACACCGAUUAUCUCUGUAUCUUCAGUUCAGUACCAAAGCUUUACGGGCAGAAAUCCAUUCAGUAAAAUCCACCAAUGGCAGCGUACCGCACAUCAAACUGAAGCCAUCUCGGAUCAUAGAGAACAAAAAUAACAUUUUGUCACAUUUACGUCUGACCGUUAAUAUAUCACACUAUAUAGGAUAAAGUCACUUCAUCAGAUGUAAAAAUUGUGAAAUCUUUCAGCACAUAGUUUGAACUUGAUGCAAAUGAACUUGGCAGGGCAACUUCCAAAUCUUUUAUUAAAUAUAGUACUGAUUUAUUGAUAUCAGCAAGCGUUGUUUAUUUCAGAGUGGUAAAGCCUCAGAAAUGUUCAAAACCUGAUUAGCUAAUGGGCCAUUAAUGCAAAUUUAUUCAAAAUUUAAGUUUUGAGGAAUAUCUCUUUUUUUCAUCUUCAGAUCUCCACGUUAUUUUAGUUUUCAGUUUAUGUGAUUUAAAAACAUUAAAAAAAUGACUGCGUAAAGGUGUGGUUCAGCUAAUUCAGCUCGGAACAACUGGGCUCAGAAGUUAUGUUUCUGUGGCAAAAAAAUACUGUAUGUAAUUCAUAGAGCAGUGUAAAAUUGAGUAUAACUUUAAUCAAAUGAUUUGAGAGAUCUUUGAUUCCUAAUGAUUUUUCUGGCUUGUCAUGUUUGUAAAACCUUUUACCAGUAGACAACCAUCCUCAUGUGACUAUAGGUUUUUGUUGACUUGUAAUUUGUUUAAGUUAAUUAAAAAUGCAUCCAAUGGUAUUGAAUAUUUGGUAUUCUAAUUAAAUAACUUGGUAUGGGAAGUUGUAUUUCACAUAAGUAGUUUUCUUUUGAACAACCAGAGGCUUAAGCAAUGCAUGCUUAUGAAAAUCUUUUUAAAGAUUCCAAAACCUAUUUUAUUUUUUGUUAAGUACAUGUACUUAAAAUUUCUAUUCCUUCUAUAUUUGUUUAUUUAUAUAAAGUGAUCAUGAUGACUCAAAUUUUGACGCCAAAAACUUAAUUUAUGGUUUAUCUUAUUGUAAAUAACAUGUAUUUCACAAAAGACUGACUUUCACAGUAAUGUGCAACUAAGUCUCACUGUGAAAUAUUGACAACUUACAGCAUACAAAAUUUAAUGCUACAUAUUUAUCUGUCGAUAUGACUUUUUUUUUACACCAAAAUCAUUAUUUUUAGUAAUUCAUUUUACACCAAAACCACUAUUUAUUUGCAUUUUGCUGUAGAUCCUAUGUUAACAUGCCAAUACCACCAUCAUCAUAAUCACCAUUGUCAUCAUCAUCUUGAGUGGUGGGGACCUCAGACAAAGCCAGCACCCCUUACCCCUUCACUUCUUUCCAAUCUAGCAUAUCCACCGUUAACGAAGGCAGCAUUAUAGUGUGUUCUGUUUGAAUGUAGAGAUGCUCCCUGGCUGUCCGGGGAUCCCCACCACUACUCAAACCUGUAGGGAUAUUGAUGUGUGAUAUGGUGAGAUUACAGGCUAGUAUCUAGUACCUAUCUAGAGUUUCUGCAGUAACAUUGCAUGAGUUUGGAAUCAGAUUGUUGCAUUAUCAAUAUUGUGUGCAUUUCUUUGUAUCAUUAAUUUCCUCAGAAGAAGAAAACAAUUAUUUAUCUAGUUUACUACAUAUAUUAUGUCAAAAAUUUUACUUUUCUUUUCCUGGAUUUUGUUUGAUUUCACAUGCAUUUCAUGUGAAUCGUUCUGAAAUAAAAACAGCUUUCAAGUUU